AUGGCUGCAAAAACCAAGAUUGUUCGCACCGAAUCACUCUCGACAGAUCGUGUUGAUGGGUGCGUUGACGACGAUAUUAUAACAUGUCCGAUAUGUAUGAAUAUUAUUUGGAAACCAGUAACUUGUCAAGUUUGUGAGAAUUCAUUCUGUUUAAAAUGUAUUCGCUUGUGGCUUCUUGAGAAACCAAAUGUGUGUCCAUUUCGCUGUCAAUUUCAAGAGAGAAAACCGUCUCCGAUUCUUAUGAAAUUAUUAUCUAGGUUGAAAUUAACUUGCCAAUAUAAACCAAAUGGCUGUAUGCUUCUGAUACCUUAUGAAAGUUUGGAGAAACAUGAAUUAUCGGAAUGUUUGUUUCGAUUAACACAAUGUUCAGAGUGUUCGAAAGAAAUGUUUUACAAUGAACUCGAAAACCAUCAAAAUAAUGAUUGUUCACCGAAAGAAUUGACAUGUCUGAAGUGUAACAGUGUUUAUUAUCGGAAAGAUGGACAUGAAACUAUCGAUUGUUUGAAGAAACAAAAGGAAAAGAUCCAUGAAAUAGCCCAUUCGUAUGAUAUCAAGGAUUCGGCACAAAAAUCUCGAUUUUGCCAAAAAAUUGUUGAGUUAUAUAAAAGACAAGAAGCAAAUCGAGAUUACGCACAACGAAACCAAUCGCACGGUGAAGAACACGACUGGACACCAUCUGCUCCGGUUUACACACCUUCAUCACCUGCGCACCCUCAGGCAACAUCGCCGAAUGUUGUUGAUCCAAUCAGUACACCAUUACGACUUUCUUCGGUGAAUUUUUCCUUAAUUCAUCAGAAACAUAAGGACGGUGCGCAUAUUCCCAAUGGUUACGCUGGUUUCAAUUGGGAAAAUAUCUACUAUAUGUUCGAACAACAUGUGCGUGAGAAUAUACAAUUACGGGGAUUUCUCAACGCGUACAAUGAUUCGAGAUGCUGUGUGGCAUACAAUGGAAGAGGACACGCUAUAUUGAUAUACUUACCAAAUGCUUCGAACACGUUCGGCAUACACUCAUUCGAAGCGAUGUCAGCUUAUCAUGAUGAGUUUCAAUUAAAGGUAUCAGGUUACCGUUCAAAAGCAUUGUUGGCCGUGAAGAACGUGAUAUUAAAAAGAGACGAGUUGAAUUUGUUUGAAAUUAAUUGGGAUCAUAUUGAUAGAUUAGUAUUGACACCUGAACGGAUAUUGGGAACAAAUAAACCAGAGACAUUUAUACUAGCAAAUUUAAACUUCGUUUUAUAA